AUGAAGUCUUCUUACGUCCUCCUCGGCACCCUCGGCCUCGCCGCCGCCCAGCAAAAGUUCACCGACGUGAUCCCAGAGUGCUCUGUCAAGUGCCUCACCCAGGCCGUCAAGGACGGAACCAAGUGCAGCAGCAUCGACGACUCCCAGUGCAUCUGCGAGGCCACCAACUACCGCAACAUCUACACCGUCGGCGUCUCCUGUGUGCUUGCUGCCUGCGGCGGUGACGUCGCAACCGGUGAACUCCUCCCCGCAGCCGCCGAGUUCUGCCGCGAAGUCACCGGCGGAGCUUCCGCGCCACCCGUAUCCUCCGCGUCCGCCGCCGUAUCCUCCGCCGUCUCUUCAGCGAUCGCCUCCGCAACCAGUGCGGCUUCCAACGCUACGGCUGGAGUCACCGGCACCAGUACCCCUACAUCUGGUGCAACUGCUACUGGUAGUGGCGCUGCUGCAUCAAGCACCACUCAGGCUGGUGCAGCUGCUGGUGUUGGCUCAAUGGGCGCUUUUGGUAUGCUCGCAUUGGGCGCCCUUGCUGUAUUCUAG